CGGCUUGGCCCUUCAAUGGCGGAUAGACAACAAGGUAACCGUGGAGGUCGCGGUCGCGGCCGAGGAGGUGGCGGCGGCGGCGGCGGCGGUGGUGGCGGGGGCUACAAAAAACGUGGUGGCGGCAGUGGUGGUGGUGAAGGAUCUGGUGGACCACCACCGGGUCAAGCUUGGCCUUCCCUUGGACAACCUGCGGGGCAACAAUCAUCUCAGCAGCAGCAAGCUCCAGGAUGGGGACAACAGCGCCCACCUCAGCAGCCACAGCAGCAACAGCAACGCCCAUUGCAGCAGCAACAACAACCCCCAAUGCAGCAGCAACAACAACCCCCAAUGAAGCAGCAACCCCCAAUGCAGCAACAACCGCAAGCUGGUGCUGAUGGAGGUGUACCUCGUGCAGCAGGACCACGUCCUCAAAGGGGUGCCACCGGAGAAGCGCCAGGUCGUGGAGCUUCUCGUAAUCAGCGAAUACUACAGGAAAUCGUUCGUACGCGACCGACGAACAGUACCAUUACAAAGCAUGGUAAAACUGGAACACCGAUCGUUCUGCAGACGAACUAUUUCCGUGUGACGAAAAAGGACGAUGAGGCCAUCUUUCAGUAUCGUGUGGACUUCAAUCCUCCGGUGGAGAGUAGCAAAAUGAUGAGCUCGAUCAUCUACACUCUGAAGGGAGUCCUCGGUGGGUACCUGUUCGAUGGAACACAACUGUUCACCAGACAUAAGCUUCGUAGCGAAGAAGUGGAGAUUACGACCAAGGAAUCUAUUACAAACCAGGAGUAUAUUGUAAAGCUCCGAAAAGUCGGUGCCAUUGACGGUACUAAUGAAAUGGCAUUCGUGAUCUUCAAUUUGAUAAACAGGAAAGCAAUGGGCGGUCUGAAGUUACAGAUGAUUGGGCGGAAUUAUUUUGACCCUAUUGCAAAGAUCAGCAUCAGCCAGUACGGAAUUGAGCUGUAUCCUGGCUAUGUGACGAGCAUUCGUCAACAUGAGCAUGAUGUGCUGAUGUGCGCCGAAUUGACACAUCGAGUGAUGAGAACAGACACUUGUUACACCAUGUUCAAACAGUGCGCUAAUCAGGGUGGUAACUGGAAGGACAACUAUAAGCGCAUGCUUUUGGGAUCUGUGGUGAUGGCCUCUUAUGGAAAGAACAAUACCUACACUGUUAAUGAUGUAGAAUUCAACACGACUCCGGAGAGCGCAUUCGAAACGUCAAGUGGUCGAAUUACGUUCAUGCAGUAUUUCAAAGAUCGAUACAACAUUAUAAUCCGUGAUCCACGUCAACCUAUGUUGGUGUCCCGUGCCAAGCAGAGAGAAAUACGGGCUGGAAUGUCGGAGUUAAUCUAUUUGGUACCGGAACUGGUUCGUGCCACCGGACUUACAGACGAAAUGAAACGAAAUUUCAAUCUGAUGCGAACACUGGCUGAUUAUACUCGAUUAACUCCAGAUAAGCGCAUCCAGCGGUUGGAAACUUUCAACCAACGCCUACAGCAAUCGAAAGAAAGUGCUGAAAUAUUCCAAUUCUGGAAAACAGAGUUGGAUCGGCGGUUGGUUGAGGUUCCUGCUCGAGUUCUUCAACCGGAACACAUAUUCUUCCAUCCGACACAGGAUUCUUUCAACGUUGUAGCCGGCGAUAUGGCCGAUUGGCAGAUGGCGUUCCGGAACAAUCCAAUGUUCCUUUCGGUACCAUUGAUCAAUUGGUAUGUCGUCGUAGCGGCUGGAUCGGAAAAGCUUAUGGUCGAUUUCAUGUCGUGUUUGAAGCAGGCCGCUAAGCAAAUGCGAUUCCAGAUUGAAGACCCCCAGAGAGUUACCAUCCAUAACGAUUCACCGGCUGUUUAUGUGGAGAGCUUGAACCAGAUUGUUCAACGGGAUCCUCAGAUGAUUAUGUGUUUGGUGAGCAACGAUAAAGCUGAUCGUUAUGCUGCCAUUAAAAAGAAGUGUUGCGUUGAUCGUGCUGUACCAACACAGGUCAUGAAGGCUAGAACGAUCACUCCGAAGGGUGGUAACGUGCGGACAUUAAUGUCUGUGGCCACUAAAGUUGCCAUUCAACUGAAUUGUAAAUUGGGUGGAAUUCCAUGGGUUUUGAAGAACCCACUCACUUCGGUGAUGGUUAUCGGGUUCGACGUAUGUCACGAUACACGCGAUAAAUCUAAAUCAUUUGGAGCAAUGGUUGCGUCAAUGUAUGGAGCCGGAAUGAAGCAUCCAAAAUAUUUCUCAACCGUAAAUCAUCAUUCGAGUGGAGAGGAAUUGUCCAACUUUAUGGCAUCGAACAUGAUCAAGGCAAUCCAUUCGUACAGAAAUGAUUUCAAUGGAGCUCUGCCGCAGCGAAUUAUUGUAUACCGAGACGGAGUCGGUGAGGGACAACUGAAGUACGUCUACGAGCACGAAAUUGGAGCCAUGAAGGAAAAGCUGGCUUUGGCAUAUAAGGAUCAACCGUCUCAUGGUCGAUUAUCGUUCUUUGUAGUAAGCAAAAGAAUCCACACACGACUCUUCCAUCGUAAGCAAAAUCCAUUACCGGGAACAAUCGUAGAUGAUAUCAUCACUUUACCGGAGAGAAAUGACUUUUUCCUGGUGUCGCAAAGCGUUCGUCAGGGCACCGUAUCGCCAACGUCGUACAACAUUCUGCGGGACGAGUCCGGUCUUACGGCCGAUCAGUUGCAGCUGUACACCUACAAGCAGACCCAUCUGUAUUACAAUUGGUCCGGAACAGUUGGUGUCCCAGCCGUUUGCCAGUACGCCCACAAGUUGGCAUUCCUGGCUGGACAACAUUUGCAUCAAGCUCCAAAUAACUUGCUGGAAAAGAAACUCUAUUAUCUGUAAUUUGUUGCUGGUGCCCUAAGGGUGUGAUAUUUGAAAAUGGUUUGUAAGUUUCGUAGAACUUGAGCAGGCUUUUAUAGGUUUUCAAUUGCCAUAUAAAAGUAUUGAACUGUUGAAUUAUUUUCAAAUAUUAUGUAAGAAUGUAUGUUCUUUGGACUGUUAUAGUUGAUUUAAAAGACUGAUGUAUUCGAGACCAUGCGUUGUGGAGAUUUGUACAUUUGUGAGAUGGAUGUUCUAUGUUGUCUUUUUAUAUUUUUAUUAAUGACUCAAUGAUUACAUCCACAAACUUCAUUUAUAAUUUAUUCCUAACAAUUUCAUUUAUUGAUAGGCUUGUUUUAGAUUUAUAUUUUUGCCAGAAUGGCUAAAAUUUAUAUUUUGCCAGGAGACCUGCAAAGAACACAAACGCUCUCUCGUGAAUCUGCACCAAAAACCAGUCAAAAUUCAACCAUUAAAUUUUCAGUGAAAAUCACUAGAAAUGUACUCAGGAUGUCUAAAGUUUGAUUCACUGCAAACGUAAAUCACUGUCAAUAGCGUGGUGCUCUGCAGUGAUCACCAAAGAGAGAGUGAAAACUGAUCAUCAGGAAGUUGUCAGCUCUUAAGGCCGGCGUAGAUACGUUUUCAGGUUUUUUGACAGUUAGCCCAUGCAUUAUCUGUUAAAAAACCCGAAAACGUAUGCAUUGUGCGCCGGCCUCUACACUCUCCUGUUCCAUCUUUGUCUUCUCUUCAGCCCGUAGAGAAUCUCCGCAGAGACGAUCAGUGAUUCACCUCAGUGAGUGUGAAACUCUCUCCCCAGUGCAGUAUAUCAGAGAAUUUGUAGCAAUCCUGAUAUUAUCUAUAGAGCUUUAAAACAAUUGGAGACUCUUUCAAUCAAUCGUAAAAUACUAAACUGUAGCUUAUUAAGUCAAAAGACAUCUAUUAAAAUGUUCAACUGCUCAAAUGUUUGCUGGGCUGUUUUGCAAACUAUUUUCAAAUGUUGCUCUUGUUAUUCACCCAUAAAUUGCUGUUUAUUACUGUCCAUUCAGGUUUGGCUCAUGUCCAAAUGUGAGUUGAUAGUUAUGAGAUAAAUAUAACGCUGAAGAAAAAACUUUUUAUUAUAGGUUUAACGUAAGAUAUCUAUAAGAUAUACAAUAAGAAAUAAAUCCCU